AUGACGAACAGCAAUAAUCGCGUAACUAAUGGACAUCACAGUGUUAGCGGAAUAAAUUAUGGGGCAACCGAUUUACUAAUGGCUACACAGGCCGGCAAUCUUGCAAAGAUGGCAGAUUUUAUUCACCAAUAUAAUACUACUGAUGAACAUGGAAAUACGCCAUUACACUAUGCUGCAGCGGGAGGAUUUGUCGGUGGUGUUUCUCUAUUAAUUGUCCAUCAAUGCUACAUCGAUCCGGUUAACAACAUUGGUUUAACGCCAUUAAUCUUAGCCAUGCAAAACCAACACCAUUAUGUAGCUCUGCUGCUGGUGAAUGCAGGGGCAUCACCGUUUUACCUAUCGCCUUGUCGUAUAAGCGGAAUUGGUUUGGCUGUGAUGUCGGGUAAUAUUCCCCUUAUUUUUUCAAUGCUUUCAAGUCAAAGUCCUCAAAUUAAUAGGCAAAUAGCCCUUUACAAGAUCUUUAGCGAUGUCGCAAUUAGUAAAAUACUUGAAAAAAUUGAUAUUUUGUUGUUAAUAUGCAAAGCGGAUAUUCGAUAUCCCGUGUUCAACCUUAAUCCACCACUCACAGUAUCGGCAACAUUGGGGCAUAUUGAAAUGGUAGAAAAAUGGAUUCAAGUUGGAGCACCACUCGAAAGACGCGACACAAGUGGAUUAACCCCAUUAAUGAAUGCAGCAAGGGGAGGCUACUUACCCGUAUGUCAAUUAUUAGUUUCUCGGGGAGCCAAAUUAGAUCCAGAAAGAAAUGGGCAAACAGCUCUCAAUAUGGCGUUGGAGUUUGGGCAUACUGAAGUGUCUGAGUACUUGGCUAGUCAAAGCGAGAACGCCACACAACAUACAUGA